CGAGCCUAUGGCGUCGGCCGAAUUCUGUGUCACAUCGAGAUUUACAAGCUAAAACCCCUGAAUACCCCAAAAAUCCUGAGAAUUCCGAUGAACCGGACCUAUUUACCAAUUUCUACGAAGAUUGGCUGAUCGAGGUGAGAAAAGAUGAAUAAACGACGGAGGACGUCUUCAGUCGCUAGUCGAGGAACGGAGGAUGAUCCUGAAGAAAUACAACCUGAACCAGCCAAGAGGAGAAAAAAAUUAGACCCCAGUGAUUUGUGCCAACAACUCUACGACGUGAUCCGCAAUCAAAAAAAGGAAGAUGGAACUUUACUUUGUGACGCAUUUAUCCGCGUUCCAAAGCGUCGACAAGAGCCCGGUUACUACGAAGUGGUUUCCAACCCCAUGGAUCUCCUGAAAGUUCAACAAAAACUGAAAACCGAUGAGUACCGAGACAUGGAGGACCUCGCAGCUGACGUUCACCUGAUGGUGAAUAACGCCAAGGCCUUCUACAUGCGUACUUCUCCAGAAUAUAAAGAUGCCACCGAGCUCUGGGAGCUCUGCGUUUCAACGAAGAAUCGAAUAAUGGAUGAGUACGAAGAAACCGAACCCAAGGGAAAAAUAAUUCUAAAAGUUGGAAGACUCUCUCGCAAAGUAGCAAUGAAGCAAGAUGAGUCUGAAGACACAUCAGAGAGUUCGACAAAUCCUGACGAGGAGUCGAUGCAGCCUUACGAGGAUCUCUUCAUGGCAGUGAUGACAGCAACAGAUCCAACGGACAACAAUAGACCCCUCCAUACGGUUUUUCAAUUAAAACCAUCAAAAAAAUUGUAUCCAGAGUACUACGAUGUAAUCGAGAAUCCAAUAGACCUGAAGACAAUUGCCAGAAAAAUUCAAGAGGGAAUGUACACUUGUCUGAGUGAAAUGGAGAGAGAUCUCUUGCUGAUGUGUAGAAACGCUUGUCAAUUCAACGAGCCAGGCUCGCAGAUUUAUAAGGAUGCCAAAUUGUUCAAGAAGAUUAUCUCAGCUGCUGCGAGAAAGCAAGAGUCAGGCUCCAGUAUUCUCGCUAAAUUGACAACACCUUCUACGAGAAGCAAGAGAGGAAGCAGAGGGGGACAAUCGUUGAUUGCUCAGACUGCUGCACUACCUGAUGAGGAUGAGGAGAGCGAUGACGAGGAUGAGGAGCCUACGGAGGUCGAUGACAGUGACAAUGCCCAGUGGCAACUAUUUCAAACCAUCAGAACUGCCCCCAAUAGCCAGGGGGUGAGGAUGAGCGAGUACUUCUGGAAGCUACCCUCAAAACGAAUGUAUCCAGAUUACUACAAGAUGAUUAAAAAUCCCAUUGCCCUACUCCAAAUUAGAUCUAAAAUAAAAAAGGGUGAGUAUGGAACUGUGAGUGAAGUAGCUGGUGACAUGAACAUCAUGUUUGAAAAUGCAAAAAAAUACAACGUCCACACCUCUCGUCUCUACAAAUGCGCAGUGAAGCUUCAGAAAAUAAUGCAAGAGAAGGUCCAAGAGCUUUUAGAAUUCGAUCAGGACUCGGACUCUGACUGCGAGUCAGAAACAAAUUCUCAACCAAAACUACUGAAACGUGCCUCCAACAUGUUGACCAGAGGAAAGUACAAGGACAACAUCCCCUUGAAGAAGCGCCUCCAUGCCCUCGUUAAAUGUGUUAUAGAAUACGUGUGCGAGGAUGGUAGACAGCCCAUGCUGAUGUUCAUGGAGAAACCAUCUAAGAAAAUUUAUCCGGAUUACUAUCAAGUAAUAUCAGAGCCCAUCGACAUGCUCCAGAUAGAGGCCAAUAUAAAAUCCGAAAAAUAUCAGAACGAGAACGAACUCAUUCAAGAUUUUAAAUUAAUGUUCAAUAAUUGUCGACAGUACAAUGAAGAAGGCUCUCUGAUCUCCGAAGAUGCCAACACCCUGGAGCGUGUCUUAAUGGACAAAGUGAGGGAACUUGGACCACUGCCAGACAACCGUAAAUCCAUGAAUCUCACACCAACCAGAAACGUUGGUCGACCAAAGAAAAUCGUUCCUCUUCAUCUCCAGAAGCUCCGAACAAUGUACGACACGAUAAAAGACUAUCACGAUGCCAAGGGUCGUCAAUUAUCCCAGAUCUUCAUGAAAUUGCCAAACAAAAACGAAUACCCGGAUUACUACGAAGUGAUAAAACAGCCCAUGAACAUGGAAAAAAUUGCAUCGACUCUGAAAACGAAUGGUUACGAUAGUCUCGAUGAAUUAGUCUCCGAUUUUAUUCUGAUGUUCGAUAAUGCCUGCAAGUACAACGAGCCUGACUCCCAGAUUUACAAAGAUGCCUUAAUCCUCCAACGUUUAGUACUCCAAACAAAAUUACAACUGAGCGAGGACGAGGAGAGUGUACCAGACGUUCCAGCUGCAGUUCAAGAAAUAUUAGCGACAAUAUUCACUGCUCUGUACAAUCAUCAGGACGAAGAGGGCCGAUGUUACUCGGAUUCAAUGGCAGAAUUGCCAGAGCACGACAUAGUCGAUGGUAAAAAAAAUCGUGGAUUAUCAUUGGAUCUGAUUAAACGUAGAUUGGAUAAAGGAGUGUAUAAAAGGCUGGAUCGAUUUCAAGAGGAUGUCUUUAGCUGUCUGGAGAGAGCACGACGUCUAUCCAGGACAGACUCCCAACCAUUCGAGGAUUCGGUUGAGCUUCAGGCAUUUUUUUUGAGGACACGUGAUGAUGUCACUCGAGGUGGAGACCUCCUGCACUCACCAGCACUCAAUUACACCCUCCUGGAUCUUUCAAAUCAGGUUGCCGAGUUGAAGCGUCUGAAAUUUCAGCAGGAGUCAUCAUUGCCCCUCGAGGAAGAGUCAUGCGAUGGUAAUGAUACUAAGGAGACGGAAAAAAUACCAGUUUCAACGGUAAAUGUCAGUGAAAAUGGGGGAUCCAUGAGUUUCAAUCAGGAGACGUACAGAGACGGUGAUUUCGCUUAUAUUGAACCAACCGAGAGGGGCAUGGAGUGCUCGGUUGUGCUGAUUGAGCGACUCUGGACCAACGUUGAAGGCCAACAGAUGCUGUAUGGGAAUUUAUUCUACAGACCCAGCGAGACUUAUCACGUUGCAUCGAGAAAAUUUCUCGAUAAAGAACUAUUCAAGAGUGAUGCACACGUCGCUGUACCUCUCAGCAAAAUAGCUGGUAGAUGCUGUGUACUCAGUGUUAAAGAUUACUUCAGGAUGCAACCUGAGGGAUUCCUCGAGAAAGAUGUCUAUGUGUGUGAGUCCAGAUAUUCAACCAAGGCUAGGAGCUUUAAGAAGAUAAAAGUUUGGAAUUUUGAUCCUGAUAAUUUGAGAUUGGUUCCUAGGGACAAGAGUUUGGAACCUAAACGAGUUAUUUCUGUCUAUAAGGAGAGACUUGAGAAGCAUAAGGAGGAGAUUGCUGAGUUGGAGGAGGGAGAGAGAAUAAUGGAGAAGGAGAGACCCAAUGUUGUGCUGUUUGAUACUGGAGAUAGUGAGAAUACUUAUUAUGAGCAGUUUAAUACUUGUGGAGGUGCUAUCAAGACUGGGGAUUUCGUUUAUGUGGCGACUGAGGGUGGUAGACAGCAAAUUGCACAGAUUGAUACGUUGUGGAGUACUAAGGAUGGAAAGGCAUAUUUCAAGGGCCCAUGGCUUCUCACACCUCCUGAGAUACCCCAUGCACCAACCAAAUUGUUUUAUAAGCAGGAACUCUUCUUGUCAGUUAAUGAGUGCACUCAUCCUAUCGUCGCUAUUGUCGGAAAAUGCGCUGCACUCGAUUAUGGGGAGUACAUCUGCAGUCGACCGACAGAAAUCCCUGAAGACGACGUUUUCAUUUGUGAGUCAACUUACGACGAGAGUAAAAACUUGAUGAGAAAAUUAAAUCAGGAUGGGUUGAAAAAAUAUAAUCACACGUCGUCAGUGACUGAGGAUGAGAUUUACUUCUUCAGGAGGCCGAUAAAUCCGGCAAAGGUAUCGAGCGAUGUGGCACAGGCACAAUCACCACUCAAGUCAAUCGUAUCCAGUACAGCUCAAUUUGAAAUGGACGCAUCACCAUUGCUACCGAAGCUGGAAGCUGAAGUGCUAGGAAUGGGAGUGGGAUUAGGCGUAGGGGAGGACAGCAUGGAUGCAGGUGGACCACCAUCCGUUGGUUCCACCGAAGCUCAACCGGUGCUCUCCAAUACUCAAACACCUGUAUCUACUAAAAAGAAAACAACGGGUAAGAAAUUAGUUACGGGGUAUAUUUUGUAUUCGAGUAAAAUGCGAACGCAAAUUACUCAAAAUAAUCCUGACUCUACCUUCGGAGAGAUUAGCAGAAUUGUUGGCAAUGAGUGGAGAAAAUUGCCAGCUGGUGAGAAACAGGCGUGGGAGGAGAGAGCAGUCAAGAUGAAUGAAGGUGGUGAAGGUAAAACACCUGGUGCUGGAACUGGUAUACCAAUUGAUCAGGUUUACGAGUGCUGCUGGGACAAUUGUGAUUGGCAAUUCGAGGAUAUGACGGAUUGUAUUGAUCACUGUAUCGCUGAACAGAGUGGACAUGUGCAAUCGUCAUUCAUCAAUGUAGCUCCAGACACUUCUGAUUUCCAGUGCCAAUGGAGAGGUUGUGGGAGAAUUAAAAAAGCUGUUGCACCAUUUCCAAGUGUACUGAGACUGGCAAGACAUGUCAAGGAGGUACACAUCUACAAAGGAAAUGGCAGAAUAAUUCCUCCCAAUGAAAGAAGCAAGAAUUUUAUGGCAUCGAAAGGACCGACGAUACUUCCGCCAAUGGAAUCAGAGAAUAUUCCGCUUUUUUCAGUUGGACCUACCGUUGCUCCACCGACUCCACCAAGCAAUACCCCAACGGUUAAACAACCAGAGCCAUUAUUCGUCGCUGUGCCCCCGAGACCAAGUCGCCUUCUCCAUUCUAAUGCAUAUUUAAGAUACGUCGAAAGCUUAAACGUGGAAACUCGCUACAUAUCUAAUUGGGACAAGCAGAUGAAUGCAACACCAGAAAAUACACAAAUCCCUGAUGUAGCAAAACUACCAGCCGAGUGGCUUGGCAAUGGUGUUGGCAAUCAUGGUAAUGUCGUUAAUGCCUUGUGGACACUCAGAAACAUGAUGAUGCGGGAUGUGUUAGCCAUCAAUAAAACUUUAUAGUUUAUCAAUCGUUAAGAUCUAUAUUCGUUCAUAUUUUAUGAUACCUUGAAUAAAUAAGAAAAAGAGAGAAGAUACUAAAAGACA